GUAGAAGGAAUGCUCCCUGGAAAUGUCUUCCUUGCACGAUGCACAGAAGCCGGGACAAGAUGCCGACCUUGAGCCGCCAGUCAUCGCCGUCGUCGGAAUCCAUGGCUGCUGCCGGAAUAGUUGCCGUCGGACUGCCGGAAUUGUCAUCGCCGACCUAGGGUCGGAACCCUAGGUCGGGCUCUGCUCUGCUCUCUGUUUUUGUCUCCGUAUCCGCCCGAUAAGAGAUGGGAACGCUCCCGCCGCCGCCGCCGGCGGACUUCAACUUCGACAGUGCAUGCAACACCCCUUACAUCAGUGCUCCUUCCAGUCCUCGGCGUUUUGCUACCGCCGGCGCAUCUCCGGAGGAAGAAGAAGAUAUCAUCUGUGAUGAUUUUGAUUUUGAAUUUAGCGGGCCGCUUGGGAAGACUUAUUUUUCGGCCGCCGACGAGCUCUUCGACUCCGGCAAGAUUAAACCUCUGAAGCCUCAAUCUCAGCCGCACCACAACAGAGAAUCUCCGGCGGCGGAAUCGGGGCUCGGGGAAGAGAGCCGGCGACGAAGAGGAAGGGAGCCUCGUCCUUCGGUUAAUCCUCGUCACAAAUCGACGAGAUCUCUGUCUCCGUUCCGGGUGUCGGAUUUGCUAUUCGACCACCAGAAACAGAGCACCGCCGGGGAGAAUAUAAAUUCCCCUGUUUCUCCGCCCCCCUCCUUUCUCUCAACGGUUUUCUCGGGGAAAUGGAAACUGAAAGAUCUGUUUCUGUUCAGAAGCGCGUCGGAAGGACGGGCGAGUAGCGCCACGCAGGCGAUGAAGAAAUACACGGCCGCGGCGGCGGAGGAAGAGGACGGAUCUUCAGGGUCGUCGAUCUCGAGGAGACGGAGGAGGAGGCCGGCGGCGGCGGAGAGUCACGAGCUGCGGCAUUACACGAUGCGGCGGACGACGGUGUCGGAGGAGCUCAAGAGGAAGACUUCCUUGCCGUACAAGCAAGGGCUAUUGGGCUGUUUGGGCCUCUAUAAUCAGUCGGCCCAUUACGACUUUUCCGUCAGAGGUAGUACCCGUAGUAGUUUUGCUUAUACGUCUAUGCCCGAUCGCUAGCCACCUCCUAAGUCCUAAUAGGGAGUAUUAAAUAAAAUACAUUAUUUAAUUUUAUUUUAUUUUAAAAUAAAUAUAAAGCUUUAAAAUAAAAUUUAUUAUUCAAAAUUAGUUAAAAAACAAUUUUAAAACCAAAGGUGAUAUGAUUAUGUUAUUUAAUUACAUUAUAGACAAAAAUAUUCAAAAUUAAAAGAUACUCGGUAGG